AUGGAUCUUCAGGGAACAAAAGAGGCCCGGACGCAGGAGGAGGGCGCCGAGGGUACCUUGGAUGCCUACGGCGCUGGCAGUAGCCGCUCCAAAGAGUAUCACAAGAACGAGGGGCGCGAUUCUCACGCCCACGAAAACCCGGCCAACGUCCACCCGCUUCGUCGUCGCCAACCAUCUUUCGCAUAUCCACCCGGAGCUCGCUCAUCCGGCACAUCAUCUACCAGCACUCCAUCGAGGCCACGAGAGCCUUCACCGUCCCCGGAGGCCGUCAGCAUUCCUCAGGCCCUGGGACUCAGUUCUCGCGAUCAGCGCCUACUAUGCAAGGCCCGCCGCCACCCGCCCGUGACAAAGAAAACGCUCAGCGAGCUCGAUCUACCGUGUAUCAUGAGCAAUAUCAACCUCCGUAUGGACGCGAACUUUGACCGCGAUCUGCACUUUAAGCCCGACCUCGAUGGUGAAAAAGGGAGACGCAAGCGGAAGGAGGCCGCUGAUUACUGGGACUCGAUGGCAUCGGAAAUUGCGAUUUAUGCCUUCCAAGCUGCCCAGCCCGCGGAUACUGCAAAUGCAUCUUGGAGUCCUGGGGGGAAUGGGAAUCGCACCUUCGAGCCUCGUUUGCCUGGCAUGUUCGAGACCCUGCAAGAGGUCAUUAAAACCCUGGUCCCAGAACGCGAUCACCCGAGCGUCAUGCAAAAUUUGGAAGUAUCCCUGCUCAUGCAGCAAGUUCGCAAAGGUGUCCUGGACAUGGUUGCGCUAGCGACGUGGCUGGCGGCUCUGCUGAAAACCCACUGCGCCCCCAUGCGGGACGAGUGGGCGGAUCGAAUGGUGGAGCAGAUCACCGAUGGCUCGCAAUCGCAAGAUCCAAAGGAAAUUGUCAACGGUCUCCAAACGCUGUUUGCCAUCUUGGAGGCAAUGAAACUGGACGUGGCCAACCAUCAAAUACGCACUUUCCGGGUCCUGCUCAUCGAAGAUACUGUUCCCUUCUUGACAGAAUAUUUCGAAGGCAAGAUCAACCGCGGUGGUAUCCAGAUCGAGUCUGCACGACAAUGGUACAUUUCAGCCCGAGACACCGCGCAACAGGAAGACGAGCAAAAGAGCCCAACAUCCUCCCAACCGGACGACAUGAAGCCUUUGGACGCGCUUUUCCGCGGCAUCACCGAGCAUCUUCUCCAGUUCGAACCUCCGAAGGACUUCCCCGAGACAUUCCUCUUCGACUCCGACAGACUCUGGCAACUGCGCAGCACCAUUCAAAACCUCAUCAACCUCGAAAUCGCCUGGUAUAUCUUUGAAUCAUACGUCCACACCCAGAAACGGUAUCUCUCUGCCCGCGACGAGACAUACUCCACCUUCCGAUCUCGGAUAUGGUCCCUCAUGGAAGACGGCGUGGAUCUGAACAGCCGGGCCGGCAGCGCAGACGACGACGAUCCCUAUCUUCGAGGCGGCGUCCGCUGGCUCCAGAACAUGCGCAGCAUUGCCCUGGAAAUCGCCCGCUUUGCAUGCGCUGCCUGCUGCCUCGAUGUGGUCGUUGCCGACGAGGUCAUCACGCCCAUCGAGGCCGCCCUCGAAUGGCACCUGUCCAACGAGUCCGACCUCUUCCGCUACUUCCAGAAUACGAUGCGUGAGAAGGUCCUUACUGCGACACUGUCAUCAGCUCGCAAAUACCUCCCUCUGUCACCACUGGCGAUCUGCGAAUCUCAGCGCACUGGUCCGCAACCUCCAUCAACCGGCCCGGCAGGCUCUACUCCCGCACCUUCGUCGACAGCACCAUCCACGACACCCUCAUCCCAGUCGUCUCUCAAUCCCCAACAAUACGACAUAGAGCGCAUUGGCAUGCGUCUCGCUCACAUGGGUGUCUUACACUGGCGCGUCUGGGCGCCAAUCCUAUACCUCAAGGAUGAAAUCGCAGAUCUCGACCCUCCAGCCUUCAUCUAA